GCGCAGUCGACGCGCUGCGCAUUCGGUGACGAGAAUGAAUUCAAGAACGCAUAGGUAGGACAAUGGGUGUGUAAACGAAACUGGGAAAUCACUUCUUGGGAUACGUACUAUAUUUGUUAAAUCAGGUCAAAUAAGAUGUCCAGCCGGACCAGACCUGGCUACUGUCGCCAGGACGUGAACAAAACCACCUGGGAGGUACCGGAGCGGUACCGGGAGCUGAAACAGGUGGGGACAGGGGCGUACGGUACAGUCUGCUCUGCAGUGGACUUCAGGACAGGGACCAAGGUGGCCAUCAAGAAGCUCCACAGGCCCUUCCAGUCUGAGCUCUUUGCUAAGAGGGCCUAUCGGGAGCUGAGGCUGCUCAAACACAUGAAACAUGAAAAUGUGAUUGGCCUUGUGGAUGUAUUCACUGCUGACCUCUCCUUAGACAGAUUCCAUGAUUUCUAUCUGGUGAUGCCUUUCAUGGGAACCGAUCUGGGGAAGUUGAUGAAGUUACAGCAGCUCUCAGAGGACAAAGUACAGUUCCUGGUCUAUCAGAUGCUGAAGGGACUCAAGUAUAUCCAUUCUGCUGGCAUAAUUCAUAGGGACCUCAAACCAGGGAAUCUGGCCGUUAACCAGGAAUGUGAGCUCAAGAUCCUGGACUUUGGGUUGGCGCGGCAGGCAGACAGUGAGAUGACAGGCUAUGUGGUGACGCGCUGGUACAGAGCCCCAGAGGUCAUCCUCAGCUGGAUGCACUACACCCAGACUGUGGACAUCUGGUCUGUGGGCUGCAUCAUGGCAGAGAUGCUGUCAGGGAAACCAUUGUUCAAAGGCAAUGACCACCUGGAUCAGCUGACUGAGAUCAUGAAGAUCACAGGGACACCCACUCAGGAGUUCAUCACCAAACUGCAGUCUCAGGACGCUAAAAACUAUGUCAAAAGCCUUCCCAAAGUGCAAAAGAAAGACCUUCAGGCGCUCUUUUCCAAAGUCAACCCACAGGCGGUGACAGUUAUAGAGCGCAUGCUGCUGCUGGACCCAGAGAGUAGGGUGACGGCGGCAGAGGCCCUCGCCCUGCCAUACUUCUCAGAGUACAGAGAGCCAGAAGAGGAGACUGAGGCCCAGCCAUACGACCACUCUGUAGACAACUCUGACCUGCCUCUGGAGCAGUGGAAACGUCACACGUUCACAGAGAUCCUGUCAUUCCAGCCCAUAGUGGUAGAGUCCAGGGAAACCGCACUGUAAGAUGAAGCAUCGCACAUGGAAAACAACCCCCCUCCCACCAUUUUUACAAGUGUGUCAUCCUCUGUUCAAUCAACAUUCUCAGUCCAUCAUGUUGUGUGUGUGUGUGUGUACUUUUUCAGACAUUUUCACACCACUGUGUUGUUGCGUCCUAUAUAAAGCCCUUGUCAAGACAUAUUUGACAAAAAUUCUAGGAUGUUUCCUUGUGUAUGUAGCUGUGUAGUCUAAAUGUGUCUGUGACCACUACUGAUGUUUCCUCAACCUUAUAAUUCCCUCUUAUUGCCUUAAUGAUAGAACAAUAGCAUACAGCCAAACAACAUCUGAAAACCAUUUACUAAACGGUACGCACAAAAGCAGUAUUUCACAUUCUUUUUGUGCCAAGGAAUGCACACACAUAAAAAACAUUUGUAGCCUGUAAAAUGUUGCGCAAAAAAACAGUUUGUAUAUUUGCCAUUUACUGUAAUUUUCCUUACACUGGAUAUGUAUUUUUUAUUAACUCAUUUGUUCCAGAAAAUUCUAUGCAAAUCUUAUGCCAUUAGGCUACUAACCCUAAUAUGUAAUCCAUAUUGCUUUUUUUUUAUGUAUUGAAAAGUAAGUUUUAUUUUCGGUCACAAGGGAACAUACAGUGAGUGCUCUGCCUAUAAUAAAACAAGGCAACAAUAAACAUGUCGUCCCCCAUGAAUGAUGCAGCGCCCCCCAAAUUGGGAUAUCGCGUGUACCCACAGAUUAUCCAUUAUUGACCAGAUACUCAAGUGGCCGCUCUAACAAUGAAAAUCAAUGUCUUCAAAAAUGGAAGGCAGUUAGCCUGGGUACCAGUCCAGGUCUUGACAUUCAGGUACAUUUGCCAGUGGCACACCAGGAUCACAGCAAAGCAAGUUAUAUUCAAUUGUUGGUGAUUUCAUGUUUCAUUUGCAGUCUGGACAAGUGUCAUAUAUUAUAGCCAGCCAUAAAAUCGGAUAUUUACACUGAUUGUUUGGAAAACCAAAAUAAAACCAUCCCCCCUCUCAAUGUUGACAUAUAGCUUAUAUUAAACUGUUUAAAAUGUAAUGUUCCCCUCUAGAAAUGAGCCCAAUAACAUAUUGAUGAAAAGCAAUAUCUUUAGGUACAUAGUCCUCAGGCAGGUGUGCUAUUUUAGCAAUAAGCAUUGUCACCUGUCUGAUGCAGCAUCGUGUCUAAAUGGCUGAAGCAAUGGGGUUGCUCCUCUGCAUUGUUUACCACAGUGGGCUAAUCAUUAGCUAGAUAACGGACUCUAAAUAUGAUCUUGUUGCUUGUUUAAUGUCCUAAAAAGAACUCCCACUGGCACUAAUAAAAUCAUGGGAUUUUUACAGUGUUUAAUACAGUGUAAUUGUGUAUUUACAGUGAAUAAUAGGUCUACCAUUUAUGCAUUGGAAUGGCUGACACGCUUCCCGUGGUUACUUUUUUAAAUUGUCAUGCCAGACACUCAAGAUUGUAAAACGCUGCCAAUUGAAAAAUAAAUCAUACAGCACUGGAAAGCUGGGAUUCCG